AUGAAGAGUGCAGGAGAAUUAAUAAAAGAAUUACUAAAUUCAAAUUCUCAUAAUCAAAAUUUGUUAGAUCUAAGCGAAAAAAACUUGCGAGAUAGAAUAGAAAAAAUAAAAAGUUCCAAGUUGACCUCUUUACUUUUCACAGAUAAUGAACAAAAUAAAUCUAAUCAAAAUAAUUCAUAUUCAUCAAAUCCUAUCGUUCAAUGGACACAAAAUCAAAUUCAACUCUGGGCAAAUCUAGUAGAAGUCAAUCCUUCUAUUUUGACAAAUACCGAAGAUUUUAUCAUAGAAGCUCUAGCAGUAAUAAAACAAGCAAAUUUCUUAGACACUGAAUUUCAUCUUAUAGAUGCUCAAAUUUCAAGUUGUUUAAUUGCUUUAAAUACCGUUAGUAACCAAGGAAAAUUACUGCAAGUAGGAACUGGCGAAGGUGAAUCGACAAUUAUAAGUGUAUUAGCUGUGGUUCAUGCUUUGAAAGGGGAAAAUGUUGAUAUCAUUACUAGUUCACCUGUACUUGCUGAAAGAGACUCGAAAGAAAAAGAGAAGUUCUAUCGUAUGUUUGACCUUCAAUGCAGUGAUAACAACGAUAGAGCAAUUUAUUUAACGGGUCCCAAGAGUUGUUACAAAAAACAAAUAGUUUAUGGUAAAGCAGCACAAUUUCAAUUUGAUACUCUUAGAACUGAAUAUGCUCAACUAAAUACAUUGGCAGAUAGGAAAUGUGAUGUUGCUAUAGUAGAUGAAGUAGAUAGUAUGCUUAUUGAUGAUAGUUCGAAAAUUGCACGACUUGCAACGAUUAUGUCUGGCAUGGAUCAUUUACAGAUAAUAUAUCAUUUACUGUGGAAUCAACUCAUUCUUUUGCAAGAGAGAAUUAUUGAAUUUAAUAAUAAAUUCUAUUUAUUUUAUGGAAAAAUUACAUUUGAAGAAGAAACAGUCACUUUAGAAUAUGCGAAUGAACAAGGCAAUAUUAUGAUUAUUUCUGAUUUGAAAAAGUAUCUUUUAUCGAGUUCAGAUAUCAGUCAUAUAGGACAAUUGAUUCCAGAAAAUGAAGGUUUUGAUAAAUUUAUUAAGAAAAAUUUAGAAAACUAUAUUAGAAAAUUCCUAAAUGAAAAUAUUAAAAUACCAAAAAAUUUUACAGAUUUUGUUGAGACACAAAUACCUACAUGGAUAGAUAAUGCUAUUAUUGCUUUUAAUUAUCAAGAAAGCAUACAUUAUGUAGUACAUGCUGGACUUAUAAAGCCAGUGGAUUAUUAUAGUACAGGUGUUGUGCAAAGUUUUUCAAAUUGGAGCGAUGGAUUACAUCAAUUUUUGCAAAUAAAACAUGGCCUUAAAAUGGCAUCAGAGACUUUCACUACUAAUUUUCUACCAAAUAGAGGAUAUUUUACGAAAUAUAGUUCGAAUUUAUUUGGUCUUACUGGAACACUUGGUUCCGAAAAAGCUAAACAAGUAUUAGUCGAUGUCUAUAACGUAGAUUUAGUUAUUAUUCCUAAUUUACGUCAAAAACAAUAUCUCUCAUUGCCUGAUUCUGGAAAAUUAAUAAAACAAAUUCAAACUUUAAUAGUUGAUGUAACAUCAUCGAAUACAUUUCAUUAUCUUAAAGUGGAAGGAAUUUACUUAGCUAACGUAAAAUUAACAUCCCUUGACUAUACUAUGACAGAAAAUUUAGUGUGUUUAUUAAAGUGUAUACCAUUUAUUGAAAAUCUUUCUUUUGGUGUAGACGAUCCAUGGAUAAAUUGGAGUGAACAUUUUGACAUAAAUUUAUUACCUGCCCCUAUCGAUAGCCAUCAUCUUUUGUAUUUAUCUCGUCUACGUAUAGCUUGUAAUAAUAACAUUAGUUUUCAUCGAAUUGUUGCUCUGUUAUCAACUGUCUUUGGUCAACUUAAUCAUUUAACACUACAGUUCGAAGUUGAUACAUUACCAUCUGGUCCAUUAGUUAUAUCAGGUGAUACGAUUCAAAGAUUAUGUAUCGAUCGAUUAAAACCAUCGACAACUUAUACUCUCAAACUAUUGUUCUAUGCUGAAUGUGACUGGGGAGAAAAAAAGAAUGUUUAA